ACUUGCCAUAAUAACGUGUUUGCUGCUCGGUCAUUGGGUUGGGGAUCUGAAGAUUGUUGUCAGUGUUGGGACGUUCAGUGCUCCAUCCACCUCAGCAAGAUCUCAACGGGAAGAAACAAAAUGAGAUUUCAGCACCUCCUUCACAUCAUUCUUCUUUUAUGCACAAGUCUUCUGCUCAUCAGUGGACAGAAGUCAGGUAAUAGUUGGAGACGGAAAAAAAUGCAACGACGCAAUUGUUGGCACAGACGAUGCCUGCCUUUCCAUUCGAGAGUUCCCUUUCCUUAAGGCAUGUUACUGUAAGAAUUGAAGGGAUCCACAGCAGAUGAGCCAAUCCAAAGCCAAUCCUGAAU